AUGGUUUGUGCCAAAUUUGUCUUCCUCUUUUGUUUCCCCCUUUUAACCAUCGUAUGGCGGGAUGUGGACGGCAGAGACGUCAAUGAGGUUAAAAUUGUAGUCGACCCGGUUGACUGGGGCGCGCCGGGGGAAGGGAAACGAGGCAAGGCGGACUCAGCAGACACAGCAGACUCGGAAGACACGGAGGAGGGAGAGGAGGGAGAGGAGGAAGAGGAGGAAGCGGAAGAGGAGGAGGACGAGCCAGAUGAUGACUCCGAAACGUCGGAGGGAGACCCCCCAGAGGGCGACCCAACUGCAGGAAACAACAACCAACAAAAUAACAUUGAAGAUAUAAUAAACGAUUAUUACACAAAUGUGCUCAUCCCAAAGGAGUCGAAGGAGCAAGCCGAAAUGGAAGAGGAAAGAAAAAAUAUGCCACUCAUCACAAGGAUUAAAAACUUCUUCAUAAAAAAAAAGGAAGAAAAGAAGGAGGGAAAAAAACCAUCAACCUUAAUGGAAUACAUACGACAGAAGAAUAAAAAAAUAUUGGAGCUCGAGGAGGAGGGGGCACGCAGAUACACCACCAAAAAUAUUUACAAGUACCUCUUCUGGACCUCGGCGUAUGUCCUCCUUAACGUGGCCAUCGUCCCACUUAUAACUUAUUUUUACGUUUCCAAACGGUGUAAAGAUGCCAUUAUGAAAGAGUAUCAAAAUAAUAGAGACAGGCGGAUUGUCCCCCACGGCUAUGACUUUUCCUCCGACAGACCUUCGGUAAAAAUUUCAGGCAAUACGUUCCGCAACUGCAAGUAUUACCUUCCUCAGCAGGGCGACAACUUCUCCUUCCUGGUCGGGAUGCUCCGCGGGGACCCUUACGCGAUUAUCAAACUGUGA